AAUGUGUACAUCCCCGGCUCUUGGUAAUGUAACUCAUGGAGCAAAAUUAAAUAAUGCGUACAAAAAGGUUUGUCAGGGAAAGUUUGUAGAUCCUUGUUUUGUUGAAAAGAAGGGAUUAUAUUUGGAUGGUUGGAAUAAUAAGAUUAUUAAAAAAUCAAAUGAAGAAGAUUGUAAAAAAGCUUGUCUAAACGCUCAAUUUGAUUGCAGCUCGGCGGAAUUCUCGACAAACGGUCGUACUUGCUACAUAAGCUCUCAUAAUAGCACUACAAAGUCGAAGUACAUGAAGAAAUUAUCAUUCUAUAUAUAUUGGGAGAGAAAAGAUCUGUGUCGUCCAGAUUGCCAUUUUAUUGAAAAGAUGGGCAAGAAAAUAACUUCUGCUAUAUUACAUAGCCCAGCCAAAUCACUCUACCAAUGUCAAACUGCGUGCAUGAUAAAGAGUAAUUGCUCAUCGUUAACCUUCACGAAAAAAGACGGUUGUUUAUUGAGUGAUUCUACGAAAUUGUCUAGCCAAUCUCGUAUUUCAACAUGGAUAAAAUCAUGCCCAUCCUCAAAUACUGACGACUGCUUCGAAUUUUUUACAAAGGAUAAAGUUAGAACAGCAUCGGUUACACUAAGAUUAACAACAGAUUCCAUCGAGAAGUGUAAACUGCUUUGUUUACAGUAUAAGUGCCCAGCUCUUACCUUUCAAACGAAAAGAGAUAAAUGUCUAUUAAUGAGUAAAGAAUUUUAUUACGUAAGAUACGGAAAGAGAUUAACGUCUCCUGAUGAAAUACGAUUAAAUACAAGAGAUAAAUGCAAAAGUGGAGUGAAGCAAGUACACAAUAAAUACUUUCCUAUUAAUGGUAGGAAAGUUAUUAGACCAGUAUAUUCACCUUAUUCUUGUUUGUUAAAAUGCCUAAAAGAAAAGUCAUUCAAGUGCUCACUGAUUCAUUUCAAAUUGGGAAAUCCAGUUUGUACUUUAAGCUCUGAAAUGAUUAACUUUUCUUCGAGCGGAAUAGAUUCCCCGAAAAAUGAAUAUAUUGCAAUAAAUUGCGAUUAUAACGAAUAUUGCUUUAAGCGGCUGGACGGAAAGUUUCUUAGUGGCUUAAAUACUCGUACUAUAUUAUCGUCAAGUGAAGAGAAAUGUAAACUAGCUUGUAUAUCGGAAAGAAAAUUCCUUUGUAGAUCUUGUGAUUUUUAUAAGCCUGAUAAGCAUUGUUACCUAAGCACUUCGACGAGACAAUCCAAUGCAGCCCAGUAUUCAUCUAGUGCAAACUUUAUUCAUUUUGAAAGAUUACCAGCUUGUCGAUUUGGUUGUUCAUUCGAUUCUAAAAUAUUAACACAUGAGGUAAAAUAUUCCAGAAAAUUACAUGGUAUGACCAGCUUCGAUUGUAAAGCAGCUUGCAUAGUCACAAAUGAUUGCCACGGAAUUGUACUAUUGAAUAAUGGUACUUGUCUCCUCUCAUCAAAUUCUUCUGGAGUUGUUAAAAAAUUUCCCUCGCCUGUCGCUACUACAAAACUGAAUUGCAAACCGGCUGAAACUGAUUGUUUUACUAUGAAAGUUGGCGUAAAAGUUUUAGAUCAACCUAUUAAGAGUUAUAUAUUGCAAAAUGAAACUGCGUGUAGGAUGGCUUGCCUCGACGAAAUUGAAUUUGAAUGCAGAAUAGUCGCAUUCUAUCGGAACUCUGGAACCUGUAAUUUAUACUUUACUAAAAAUGCCGAAUUGUCUAAAUCAUUUCCCUCAACUGUUGUCUUUUCAAAACUUACGGAAUGCCAGAAGGGUUGUGGAUUUAGAACAAUAUACAAAAGAGCAUUAUCCGAUAGUUCAUCUUUUAUAAAAUUAAAGAGCAAUAGUUUAGAAAGCUGUAAAUCGAUAUGUUUAAGGAAGAAUAGAACAGAUUGUAUUGGUAUAUAUUACGACCGUAGACGUCGUAUAUGUAAUUUGAUAAAGAAAACUAAAAAAGUACUUUAUUCACAUUAUAAUUCGAAUUACGUUUAUGCUAGUUUGGACUGCAGUCAUUGCUUUACGAAAUAUGAUUCACAUUAUUCAAUUGGUCAUAAAAAAGUCAUUAAAGCCUCAAAUGAGACUGAAUGUACAAAUAGUUGUAUGAAAGAGAUAACCUUCUAUUGUAGGUCGGCCGAUUAUGAUUUAAUAUCAAGAACAUGCGCUCUGAGCAUUGAAAGUCAAUCAACGAAGCCGAAGUUCUUUAUAAAAAGAGAAAGCUAUAUCCACUGGGAUAAAACUUGCAAUGGAGUAGAUUGGGAUUCUGAUCCUUGUUUCCUCUCUUUUAACAAUAUGACGGUUCGUUCUGUUGCCUCGGAAGUUGUUAAGUUUUCAAAUCCUAAAGAUUGUAAACAGAGAUGCAUGAAUAGUACAAAAUUUGUAUGUUCAGGAGCAACUUUUUCAUCAAAGAAGCUAACUUGUACGCUUUAUAAUAACACGAAACCAUCAUUGAAGAAAGAUACAUAUAUACAUACACUAAAUCACUAUUAUUACUCUCUAAAACAAAUCUGCAAACCUGCAUUAGGUGUUAGCUGUUUUAUGCAGGAAUUUUCUAAUAGAGAAACUGUAACGCAUUCAAAGAAAUCACUAAAAGCGUCGACCCUUCGCCGAUGUCAAAUGCUAUGCUUCGCUGAAACAGACUUCAUCUGUACCGCAAUAAGCUUUCAAGAAAAUAGCCGAAAUUGUAGAUUAUAUGAGACAAAAGAAGAAAGUAUCCUUUCAUCACUCCUUCAGGCAACUGGCUCAAUAUUUUCGAUAAAACGUUGCGUAAAUAAAAAUGACGAAUGUUUUACAACUCAAGAAGUCCAUAUUUGGAAAGACUAUAGUGUUUAUCUAUCGUCAAAUUUUUGGUCAUGUAGAGCUUUAUGUAUCGAAGAUUCAAAGUGUAGAGCUUUUAUUUUUAUCAAUUCAACUUGUCAUCUAAGUGGAACAAUACCAAUUAAAAAAUUUGGCGAAGAUGGAUUAACCGGUCAUAUAAAGAAUAAUUGCGCUGAUCUUUGCACAAUUAAGGAAAUAAGCAGUCUUCACACUUCAAGCCAGGAUAUUCAGUCAAUUCGAGCAAUAUCAAAAGCAGAAUGUAUAAAGGCAUUUUUACAAUCGAAUUACUCAUUAGUGAAAUCAGCAGAAUACAACUCAGACUCAAGAAAUUGUUAUCUUAAACGAAAAGAUAUAUAUUCAGCAUCUCAAACAUAUAAAUUCAGUGGAUCACAUGCUUAUUUUCAAAGAGAUUGCCCUCAUGAACACAGGUGCUUCAGACAACAACGUGGUUAUCAUAUGAAGGGCUCUUACAUUAAAGCUAUUUAUUUAGAUUUGAUAAAGGAGUGUGAAGAGGAAUGCCACAAGGAUGAAAAUUGCUUGUCAAUAGACUAUAAUGGAUCAGACAAUCUAUGCGUUUUACAUUCCGAUUCCAAAGCAACUAAACCUAUUUUAUUCGAACCACAUAAUACAACCACAUAUUCUGAAAAAACAAUAUGUGACCAAAUUCCUGGUUGCUUCAAAGUAUUCAUGAACUCUUAUGUUAAUCUUCGAUUCAGUAAAAUAGUUAAAGCUGUUACUGCCGAAAGUUGCAAAAAGUACUGCUUGUCAACUAAAUAUUUCUAUUGCAGAUCAGCUAUAUAUAGAGCUAAAGACAACAAAUGUAUUAUAAGUGCUCAAGGUGAUAUCAGGACUCGUUUAAGAAAACGUCCUGGUUCUGUUUACUUACAUAGAACUUUAUGCAAAGAUUGUGAAAUGGUUAAACAUGUUAAUAAAACGAUACCAAAAGAACUAUAUCCAGGAAAUAGAUAUCAAUAUUGUCCUUCAUUUGAGGAAUGUUCUAAAAUAUGCUUUUAUCAGUUCCAACCUGAAUGUCGCUCAGCUUUAUAUAACAAGAGGAGAAGAACAUGCAGACUUUUGUCGAAUUCUAAUGGAACCUGGAGCAGUAAAUUGAUAUCUGAUCCUAAUUAUAUUUAUUUCGAAAAGAAAUGCAAGGGUUUAUCCGUAUGUAAGAUUACUGAAUUAGGACCAAAGACGUUAUUAGGUCCCACUAAAAGUGAUUGGAUUAAAUAUAAAGGAACAUCGAAAUUAACUUGUCAAAUACUUUGCGAUACUGAGAAAUCGUUUGUUUGUACUGGAGCCAAAUUCGAUAUUCAAAGCGGUGACUGCUUCCUCUACAAAAAUCCUAUAAACACACCUAAUUAUGAAUUUAAAAGUUCUACUACAAGUUUGUUUUUCAUUAGAAACUGUGAUGGAAAAACUAUUGUCCCUCCUAAGACUGUCAAAUGCCCCCCACAUUGGCACUAUGUACAUGAAACGAAGAGCUGCUACCAUUUAAAGCAUAACAUAGCUUAUAAUUAUGAGACAGCAAGCUCUUACUGUUACGCGAAUGGAGGGAAUUUAAUUUCUUAUAAAGAUGAAGAGGAAUUUAAUAGUUUAACAUCCACCUUAGAGAGAUUGAGAUUAAACCAUGGCAUCAAUUCGGAAGUUUUGUGGUGGACUUCUGGACAGCUAACAGAAAAAGGUUGGAAUUGGCAAGAAUUAGAUCCAUUGGCCUACAAGAAAAGGAUAUAUCCACAUCCCAUUACUUUAACAAAAUGGUUUAAGAAGGAACCAAAAGAUAAAGCAAAUCACAUGGUUAUGAAAUACGGAAGUAGAAAAGAACAUAUCAUACGAUGGGGAUCAAUGGCAGUAACAGAUAAAACUUUAGCCUUAGCUUUAUGUAAGGCAGAUCCUGAUCAAGCUACAGAACAGUGUUGGAAAAAUACAUGUUUGAAUAAUGGAGUUUGUGUGGAAAAAAAUCUCACUUCUCCAAAAAUUCCCACCAUAGAAUAUUCAGGUCGAGGAAUGGACGACGAUGAAGAGGAUGCUGAAUCUACCAUUUCGCUUUUUCAUUCAAAAGUUACAAAACUCGCUCAAGGUUACAAAUGCCGUUGUAUCAAUUCAACUGGAAAUAAUUGCGAGUUACAAUCACCUACUUUUAAUGAGUCACUAUCUGCUCUUUAUAAAGAUUUCUUUAUAUCUAAAGUGGCUAUGUCAUUCGAAAAAGCGAGUCUUUAUUGUAAGAGUAACUCUGCUUCCAUGUUGAUCUUGAGCACAGAAAUGGAAGAAGAAUACUGGACAUCAGUUUUAGAAAGAGAUAAUCUCCAAGGAGUAUAUUGGUUGUCCGCAAAGAGACGGGACAAUAAAUGGUAUUGGCUUGCUAGUUCUAAACAUCUGACUGCCUCAUUCGAAAUGACCUAUACGAAUUGGCAUGAAAAUGAACCGAACAAUUACAUGCAUUCGGAAUCUGCUGCUGUAUUAUGGUAUACAGAGAAAGACGGUUGGAAAUGGGCUGAUGCAAAUGAAAGGAACCUUUAUCCAUUCGUAUGCGUUUCAAUGAAAUAA